AGCCAACCCUGGGAGAAGAAAAUAAAAAGGAGAAUCAAAACACAUACGAGGAGGAUACAAAUUACUACAGCGAUGAGGAGCUAAAAGUACUAAAAGGGAAAUUGGAAAACCUAAAGUUACAAUUUAAUGAUGAAAAUGCACUCAAGCAAAUCACCGAAGAACAAAUUUUGAUGUUAAAGAAAAAGUUUGAGGAAUUAAAAAAUAAAAAAAGUGAUCAUGAGGCGAAGUUGGAGUCCCGGAGGGGAAAUACCUCACCGGGGGACAAGGAUGAAUUGAUCCCUAGCGAUUAUGAGUUCGCUGGGCAGAGCAUCAAUGAUAAUGAUGAAGUAGUAAUGGUGAGUAGAAGUAAAGGCAAUGACCAAGGUGACAAGGACUCUUCAGUUCCUGCAGGUGAAACACGUAGUGGAAAUGAAGCAGCUUUGUCAGGAUCCACAAGCGAAGAGAUUGUUACAGAAGUGACGAAUGGUGAAGAUCCUUCAGGGCAAGGAAGUGAACCCGCUGCGAAGGCUUCUCUUCGUUCGGACAAUUACGCAGAGCUCACAAACCAACCUGGAUCAGCUGUCCAGAACGAGAAGGUCAACCCCACAGCGAAUGUCAAUCACGUGGACACACUAUUCGAUGAGCUACUAGCAGAAGACAAUAAAAAACAUAUGAUGGACGAAGGAGAGCACCACAGUGCGUACAAUAAUUUAAGAAAACAAUACGACGAACUUAGCCUAAAUAAGACUGAGUACGCCAUCAGCUUGAAGCUGCUGGAUACGAUGUUGUCAAGUGAAAAGGUUGGAGAAAAAAGGAAGAAUGCGCUAGUAGAGAUGUUUAAAAAAGCGAUGUACGAUAAGGAGUACAGUGAGAAAUUUAAAAGUCUUAUCUACGGAGUUUAUUUGUUUGCUAAGAGACACAAUUUUUUAGAUGAGGGUAAGGUGAAGGGAGAAGACUACAACAAGCUGUUCAACUAUGUAGGCAACCUGAUGAAUACGCUUCAGCUUUAA